GGCCGCAGCCCGCGCACGCUCUGUGCUCCCGGGCCGCAUCUCCGCGGCCCCGCCCCCCGAGCGGUUGGAAUUUGAAUCUCCGGCGCGACGCUGCGGGAAGCCUGGAACCCUGGCUCAGGCAUGGAGAGCCCAGGCUCCACCGCGCACUGCCCGGUGCGACAGCAGCGUGCUCGUUGGGAACGGAAACGUGUCUGCACCGCUCGGGAGCUGCUGGAGACCGAGCGUCGCUACCAGGAACAACUGGGCCUUGUGGCCACGUACUUCCUGGGGAUCCUGAAAGCCAAGGGGACACUACGACCACCAGAGCGCCAGGCCCUGUUUGGGAACUGGGAGCUUAUCUAUGCCGCCAGCCUAGAGCUGCUUCCCUACUUGGAAGAAGGGCACUGGGGACCGGGGCUAGAGGGCUUCUGCUCCCACCUGGAGCUCUACACCCAGUUUGCUGCCAAUGCAGAGAGUUCUCAGACCAUCCUUCAGGCGCAGCUGAAGAAGAAUAAACGUUUUCGGAGGUUCGUGAGGCUUCAGGAAGGCCGCCCUGAAUUUAGGGGUCUUCAACUCCAGGACCUGCUCCCUCUGCCUCUGCAGCGGCUCCAGCAGUACGAGAAUCUCAUCGUGGCCUUGGCCGAAAACACAGUCCCCAACAGCCCUGACUACCAACAGCUCACACGGGCUGCCCGCCUGGUGAGCAAGACUGCCCAGAGAGUCCAUGCCAUUGGCCAGAGCCAGAAGAAUGACCAGCACCUCCUGCGUGUCCAGGCUCUUCUCAGUGGACGCAAGGCAAAAGGGCUUACCUCAGGGCGAUGGUUCCUGCGACAGGGCUGGCUUUUAGUGGUGCCUCCCACCGGGGAGCCCCGGCCCCGCAUGUUCUUCCUCUUCUCUGAUGUGCUCCUCAUGACCAAGCCUCGACCCCCAUUGCACCUGCUGAAGAGUGGCACCUUUGUCUGCAGGGCCCUGUACCCUAUGUCCCAGUGUCAACUUAACAGGGUCUUCGGCCAUUCGGGAGGAACUUGUGGUGGUCUGCUCAGUUUGUCCUUCCCCCAUGAGAAGCUACUGCUCAUGUCCACUGACCACGAGGAGCUGUCACGAUGGUACCACAGCCUGACCGUGGCCAUCAGAAGUCAGAAGAGCUAGAAGCGUCCAACCUUUCUGCAACAUGAUGCUGUCAUCUACAAAUGUGCUAUCCUGGGAUAUACGUGGCAGCUGGGCAUGCCUAAGAAGAAUCUUAAAAUUCCAGAAUUCAGGAUACUUAGGGAUAGGGCAGAGCCAAGAACAAAAGGAAAUUGAAUUCAACACUGGAACCACAGGAUCCUCCGUGGGCUGACACGAGCCAUUUAACUAGUUUAUCAAAGCCAAGCUGGCAGUGGUGGUGCAUGCCUUUAAUCCCAGUGCUUGGGAGGCAGAGACAGGCUGAUCUGAGUUCUAGGCCAGCAUUGUCUACACAGCGAAUUCUAGGACGUCCAGGGCUACA